AUGGUCAAACGUUAGCUGUUGAAUGUUCAAACACAAACUAUCUGUGUGGACAUCCUCUCUAACUGUCCUGUCACUGUGACGUUACAGUGUCUCUUGUUCGCCAUUCGCGGACACAGAGCUGUUUGUCCAGCUGCAUCAUGUCGACCACAAUGUGGAGACUCAUUAUUGUCCACUUCUCCGCCAUUGUCGGUUUUUCCGGCUGUGUCCCGAACAGCGGGGACAUCCCAGCCAUCGCCAAGUACUUCACCACGAAGGGGAGAUACGAGGAGGUGAACCCGCACCUCAUCGAGGACAUACUCGCGGUCAACAGGUCCGUCCUGCAGCCUCCAUUUCCACAAUGCCGAGAGAUCCAUCUGACCGCCAUCAUACGACACGGCACCAGGUACCCGACCUCCAAGAACGUCAAGAAGAUGCAGACGCUCUACGACAUCGUCAAGAGCAGCGCCUCGGGCAGAGAGAGCUGGCUGCGUGAGAUCCAGAACGAGUGGACCAUGUGGUACACGGAGGACAUGGACGGCAGACUCGUCCAGAAAGGAGUGAGCGACCACAAGAACCUGGCGGUGAGGCUCUCGAAGCUCUUCCCGUCACUGUUGACCGAGGAGAAGUUGCGAGCCGGACUCAUCAAGUUCACCACCAGCUCCAAACACAGGUGUGUCAACAGCACGCUGUCCUUCAAGGCAGGACUGACCGAGCUGUGGGCCAUCGAAGACAUGGAGUUUGACCACACGGUGAACGACGCUCUGAUGAGGUUCUUCGACAGUUGCCCCAGGUUCGUGGAGGAAGUUGAUAAUAACCCCUCAGCUCUGACAGAGAUGGACCGGUUCAAACAGGGACCAGAGAUGAGGAGGGUCACGGAGAAGAUUGCAGACCGCCUUAGGGUCUCAUAUGAGAACAUCACAGAUGAUAUGGCCGAGGCUGCCUUUUAUUUGUGCGCAUAUGAGUUGGCCAUCAAAACUGUGAACUCCCCCUGGUGUCGGCUCUUCGAUGAGGUUGAUGCGCAGGUUAUGGAAUAUUCAAAUGACCUGAAGCAGUUCUGGAAAAGAGGCUACGGUCAUGAUAUUAACAGCAAGUCGAGCUGCAUUCUCUUUCACGAUAUGUUCAGCCGGCUGGAAAAAGCAGCCAAUGAGAACAAGUCUGGCCAGCAGGUGACUGAAGCUGUGACAGUCCAGAUCGGACAUGCAGAGACCCUCCUGCCGCUGCUCACCCUGCUAGGCUUCUUCAAGGACAGCGAAGCCCUGACGUCAACCAACUACGCCACUCAGUCCGGACGCUCUUUCCGCACCAGUCUCAUGUUGCCCUACGCCGCCAACCUACUCCUGGUGUUGUAUGACUGCGGGCAAGGCGACCUGAGACUGCAGCCACUACUCAACGAGAAGGCGGUGACUUUCCCUGGUUUAGGUGACCAGCGGGCCUUGAUCCCACUCUAUGUGGACGUUAGAAAUAACUACAGAGCACUGCUCAAUGGCUGUGACUCUGAGACUGAGUGUAAGCUGGCCGAUCGUCCUGCUCACGGUUAGGCAGACGAGACGGAUUGUGGGAAAGGUGGCGAUAUAUUGGCUUUAUUGUGUUUUAAGUUUUUUACCUAAUUAAUCAAAUUUGCACCUAUUUGCCUAAUACCAAAGAAAAGGUAGUUUUGACUUCCAGGAAUGACAUUUUAAUUUAAAUUCCUUGCUAGUUUUUUCCUGUUGUUUCAAAAAAUAACACCCGAUAUUAAACAAAUACUUUUGCUGUGUCUAAAUAUGUUGUCUUCUAGAUAUAAUAUGCACUAUAUAUAUACAUAUAUGUAUAUAUGUAUAUAUGUAUAUAAAUAUAUAUAUAUACAUAUUCAAAGCAUUUCAAGGUUUUGUGCUGACUCAUAUUUAACCACACCCCACCAUUGACCUUUUUUAAUAUUUACAUUUAGAUUUACUUCCCUGUACUAUUGUACAGUAUGUCUUACUGUCUUACUCGCACAAGGAUAAACUCAAACAGAGAGCUCAGAGUCAACAACUAUGUUUACAUAGUCCAUGGAAAACUGAAAUAACAAUUCUAAUAAAACACUAAUUUGGAUGA